AACUCAUUGACGGCCUGUCAAAACUAAUUAAGUUUGUUGCUUUCGUUGACUUGCACUUGCGGAAUCAUAAUGAAUCCCUUUGAGGAGAUAUUGCGGCAGGUCGUCGAGCAAAUGCUUUGUCACAAGGAAUGCCAACCGGAAAACCAGCUUGUGCGUGAUAAGCUGGUCUACUUGAUGCGCUACAGACUGCGUGACAUUGCGGUCACCACCUCGAAUGCCGCCGGCCAUGCGGGUCGCUCCACGCCCUGUUACUUUGAUGUGGAGCGCACGUUCCGCGUGCUGGGCAUUGGGGUCAGCGGCUUGCGGGAGAUACGUUAUAGCAGCCCAGAGACUCAGCCAGCGGUCGUGAGCUUUUCUCCAAUGGAGACCCGAGACGAGGACAUACAUCAGAGUCCACAGUUGGAUAUCAAUCAACAGCGUGGCACACGCAGUGGACGGCACAUACCGAAAUAUAUGCCACCUUUCCCCGGACUCCAUACCUACAGGAACACCAUGAUGGACAUUGUGACGGAUCGAGGCUACAGCUCGGAGCGGGAGCGUCGUGCGCAACUGCAUCAGAGUGCCCAGAAGGCGCUUAAUGCAUUUUAUCUGCGCACAAUGCCGAAAUCUUCGCUGUUCACCGAGCCGCAACCGAACACGGAUUUUAUGGUGCUUAAAUUGCCAGCGCCCACGAAGCCAGCAUAUGUCACGGCUCUUAUGCCGAGGGAUGAGGUGUUCGAUGUGGACAUCUAUGAGCUCAAUGAGGAGUUCAAUGAGAGGGCCCAAAGCAAUUCUUUUAUGCAAAAGUCCAAGGGCCUGAGGCUACAAAUUCAAGAAUUGGAUAACUGUAAUCAAGAUGAAUCUGAAGAAAAUCAGGUUUAUGAGAAAGAAAAUGAAACUGAGCAAAUGAACUACGACGACAGUGAGAAUUAUGAAGAGUAUGAUUAUGACAAUGAGAAUAUGGAGUACGGAGAGACUGAGAUGGAGAAUGAGAUUGGGAAUGAGAAUGAAAAUGCGAAUGAAAAUGAGAACGAAAACUGCAUUGCAGUGCAGGGUAUUUAUAUGCUUUAA